GCGUCCCCGAGCUACGCCGAUGCAUUUCUGUCGUUCAUGUCGUACAUGGGCGACAGCAACAACACACGCGCCCUCUUUGAACGCUUCCUCGCUAAAGUGCCAAGCGAGGAGGCCGGCAGCAUCUGGGAGCGGUACAUCAAGUUUGAAUCCCUGCACGGCGACUUGUCGUCUGUGCUGCGAUUGGAGCAGCGGCAACAGGCGGCGGACGAGGCGCUGCGGGUGCAGGCGGAGGUGGACGCCAACCGCGGGGUCACGCAGCGGCACGACGAACACACCAUGGACCACCUCAUGUCCCGCUACCGCUUCCGUGAGCUGCUGCCCUGCCCGCGCGAGCACAUGUACCUCUUCCAGCAGGACCAGCCUUCCUCUGGCGCAGAGACAGGGAGUGCACCACCAGCCGGCUCUGCCAUCGCUGCUGCCACCACCGCAACAGGGCCAGGAUCAGCAGCAGCAGCACAGGCUGAUGCGGGCGCCAACCUCGACGUCACCUUUGCAGCAUAUCCGACACCAGACACGUCCCAGCUGAUCCCGUUCAAGCCGGUGCUUGACCGUGACCCGGGCAUGUUUCUCGUCCGCCCGCUUUCAGCUCCACGCCUGCAGCGAAGCACUAAUUGGUCCGCCGGUGGAUACAGAUGCGCUUCUUCGUCUGAUUCGCGACACGAAAGAUGUGAAGUGCACAUCAUCUGA